UUUGAAUUCGCCACCGAGAGAGGAACAUUAAUUAAGCCCCCGUCCUCGGGCAACGGAUUAAACUCGGAGCAGUUUGUAUCCGCCAGUUCUAUUUUAAUGUUAAUUUCAGACGUUCGGGAAGAAGAUUUAUCAACUCUCCGUUGUUUUCGACGCGUAACUCUCUGCCGCUAUUAAUUCCGGCCCGCUCCUCUCCAGUCUCGGCGAGUUUCACCGUUUCGAUGUAAUUAUCCGACUUGCCGUUUCCAAUUUCCCCGCGGCCUAACACUUGACUCCCUUUCGAUACGAGAUAGAAUCGAACGAAAAUUCCCGAGGAAGAUAAUAUUGGGGAUGGAGAGAGUCUCGUCGCGCAACGGCGGUGUUGUACGUCUUUCCUACGACGCGUUCGUCGCGCACUCGUCGCUCUUCAAAACUCCCCUCUCGUCGUCCAUACUCCCGAAACUACCUUUUUCCACUGCAAACGAAAAAGAAAAAAGAAAAGAAAAAAAAAAAGAAAAGAAAAAAAUAGGGAAAGAAGACGGGAGCGUAAUCUCUGGUCGAGAUACGCUAAUAAGGAGAAACGGUUAGUGUCCGGCAUGCAGGUAGUACAUACUAUUAUCACACGUCACGUUUAUAGUUCCACCGCGGAUCUCGCCGUUUUAUUUCGAGAACGGUGUGACGGAGGGGAUGAGGACACAGCUAAUGUGUACCACGAGCCAGGGUGACCAGCCGUUCAACAUCACGUGGUUGAUGGACGAGAAACCGAUUCAGGUCAGAUCGGGUGACGGUGCGUCGGCGUCGUCCUCGGCGUCGUCGUCGUCCUCGUCGUCGUCGUCGUCGUCGUCGUCGUCGUCGUCCUCCUCCUCCUCGGGCGGAUUCACCGCGGCCUUUCUCGAGACGGGCAACAACAACAUACAGAUAAGCGACUAUCCGCCGUUUUCCAGCAUCCUGACGAUAAAUAACGUCAGCGCUAAGCACAGCGGGAACUACACGUGCCAGAUCAGCAACGUCGCUGGCCUGGCCGAAUACUCGACCAGCCUCUCCGUUGCUGGUUGGUGUCUCAAACGAGCAACAACAAAAAUCGACAUAUGGUAGCUUGCCGCCGCGCUGGACGGUCGAACCUAUCGACCAGAACGCCGUUGUAGGUCACGGCGUCUCCAUCCCCUGUCAGGCUGAAGGAUUCCCCAUUCCGACGGUGACU